UGGCAGACAAGCUGGGAGCAGCAGGGGAGGGGAGGCUGUAGCCGCACAGAACAUCCGACCUAAACAUUAAAUUGGUAACUGCAUCGAGAGAACUUGCAGUAAGCAAUUAGCAGGAAGAUGCAGUGCGAGUCUGUGUCAUUGCUCUCCCCCAUCACAGCCUUGCAGUUUGUGGGAGGCUUUCUCCUUUCAGGUGAAGGAGCCGGGGUAAACCUUUAUGUCUUGAAUUCUACAAAUGGCUACGAGAAAAAGAUUUCUUGCAACGUGCUUCGAAACUACUGUGUUCAUGGCAUCAAACCUUGCUGGCUCACAUACGCGCAAACUAGCAGCCCCCGGUUGGCAGUGUUUGGUGCAAAAGGCCUCAUAGUGCUUCAGCUAAAUACAUGUGCCGAAGAGCCAAAGCUGCAGAAGAUGGGCCAGCUCCUUGAACUGCACGACUGGAUUUGGGAUCUUCAGUGGCUGAAGAGUGACUGUGAAUCUGCCAUGUACUUUGGCCUGGCUCUUGGGCACAACUCUGUGGUUCUAUGUGACUACAAGGCAGGGAGAACCUUGUGUGAGGUUCACUGCGAUGUGAAAUGCAUCCUAUAUUCUGCCUGCUUUGUCGGUCACAGUUGGACUGAACUAGUACUGAUCUCUGGCACCGUCUUUAACCAACUUGUCCUCUGGCGAAUGGAGGGUCCAACCGAUGAGGAUGGCAGGGUGCAAACGGAAAGGCGCAUUAGUGGGCACAGUGGGGUCAUCUUUAGCAUUAAUUACAUGGAGAAGAAUGGCAUUCUUGCCUCAGCCUCAGAUGAUCGAAGUAUAAGGCUCUGGAAAGUUGGGAACUUGCGCCAAGGUCUGAAGGGUGGUGAUGGUGGGGCAGAUUCUGUGCAGUGCCUUCUACAGUUAUAUGGACACCAGUCCAGGGUUUGGUCAGUACGGCUCCUGGAGAAUUACAUUAUCAGUGUCGGAGAAGAUUCUGCUUGUAUUGUGUGGAGCUAUAAUGGAGAGAUCAUCAACUGUUUUAGAGGACACAAAGGGAGGAGCGUGAGGGCUUUGGCAGUCAACGAAGACAAGGGGUGGCUGGUCACUGGAGGAGCAGAUUCAGGCAUCAGGUUAUGGAAGAUUCGGGAGAAGAAAUCAGAAGAUAUGGCCAUCACCCAACUCGGAUUUGCUGAGACUGGGAAAAUGGAGACACCGAAAUCUUUGACAUUGGUUGACCCAGCUCUUCUAUUGGUCAUGACUGACGCUGGAAGCAUCUACAGCUAUUGCCUGAUCGCUGGUAAAUGGAAACUUAUCCUGGAAGACCCAAGUUACCAGUCAUACAGCCUGUUAGCGGCCACAAGGCUAGUCAGCGGCUGUGUGGUUUGUGCAGUUGGAAACAUUAAUGGCUGGGUUAAGAUAUUUCUGCUUUCUGAUCCAGCGGAUUGGCUGGAGAAUCAGAUGCACCAAGGGAAGGUCCACAGCCUAGGCUGGGCCUCCCGGGAAGGGCAGAGCCGAGGCAAGGGCCACCUUUUCUCCUCCGGUGCCGACGGCAUCAUGAUUUGGCAGGAGGUUUCUUGUGAGGGCGACUGUGUAACCUCGGUGGCAGAGAAGUGCCGUUACCUCCUCCCAUUGUGCAAACACAGGUGGCACACAAGCGUAGCCUUUCUACCCGAGCUCCACCUUUUGGUGUGCGGAGACCGACGUGGCUCCUUGUUACUCUACUCGUGUGCCGGGAGAGACCAGGAUGAACGACGAAGGCUCAGCGAGGGAAGUGUGGAUGUGGCUGUCCCAGAAAGUGCGGCAGAUGGAUUUCUCGAGGGCAGACUCCCACCCGGCUCCACCAGAAUCGCCGCCCAGCUCGAGUGCCGAGAGCCAGUUUUUGCUUUGUUGGGACUACACGGGAAAUUGGGGGUGACAUCAGUUAUGUACCACGAUGGUUUUGUAUACAGCACCGGGCGGGAUGGCUGCUACCGUCAACUUAAGGUAGAAGAUGAUGGAUUAAAAUUGCUGAGGAGUCAGAGAGCCUGCAAAGGGAUGGACUGGGUCGAGCGACUUCUCUUGUCACCUGAAGGCAACCUCCUUGUGCUUGGCUUCCACUCCACCAACCUUGUCCUGUGGAACGUGAAGACCAGCGAGAGGGUGCUUUGCGUCCCCUGUGGCGGAGGUCACAGGUCGUGGAGCUACAGCAGCUCCCCAGCCAAUGAGCUCUUCACUUACAUCAAGUCAGGAGACAUUUUUGUCUGCCAGAGGAACUCGCAUGACAGCUCUCAAACAGUCAUCAAGGAGUGCGUGCAUGGGCGCGAGCUUACCUGCGUGAGGUUGGUUGAAAGGCUUGACGCGUCAACGGAUGGACCCAUAAGUAUCCUGGCCACCAGCAGCGAGGACACGACCGUGAAUGUUUUAGCCGUUUACGAAAGCUCAGGCCAUGUGUCCAAGCUGACAACAAUUGGUGACCACAUCUCCAGCGUAAGAACCAUGGCUAUCACCAAGAGUAGUCAACCCCACGGUAGUGAUAAUCGCUGCAGCUCCUCUGCCCUCUUGUUCUCUGCUGGUGGGAGGGCUGAGCUGCAAUGUUGCCACCUCUUUAUUCAACAUGGCACUGUCGGUGCUCCUGUCAGCUGUCAGGUGGAGCAUGUGGCUUCUCACAGGUUAGCUGAAGACUGGGAGCAUAAGAAAAACAGGCAUAGAAUGCUAAAGAUGGACCCAGAGACUAGGUACAUGUCCAUUGUGGUGGUGGAUGCUGGGAUGAAUUUCUGGACAGCCUGCAAGUCCCCCUCACACUUGCUGGCUGCAGCCGGCAGUGACGGAUCAGUGAGACUCUUUCUAAUCGAUGAGUGUCAGAGGAACAUUGUGCUCCUCGCUGAAUCUUUCUACCAUCAGAGGUGUGUGCUGAAGCUGCAGACCUUCACGUAUCAGCCAGCCACCAGAGGGCGCAGAGUGUUUCUAUGCAGUGCAGCCACAGAUGGAAGGAUAGCAUUUUGGGAUAUCUCACAAACCAUUGAGAGAGUCAAGGUGGCAAAUAUCCUGCAGGAGGGAGUCCAUCAGCCCUGGGGGCUGGAAGCUCCCUGCCUGGUGUUAAAAGCCCAUCAGUGUGGAGUGAGCGGGCUUGACCUCAGAGCCCUGGGCCAGGGGCGCUACCUCUUAGCCAGCGGUGGGGAUGACAACGCCAUCCAUGUCUGGGUGGUUUCCGUGGGGACGGCGGGAGGCGACGAUGGCACGACGAGAGCCGGGAACUCGAGUGGGCGAUGCACCAAUGCCCAGGGCGCGGAGGACGUUGCUGGGGUCUCCCUGCGGGUGGUGGAGGGGCCUUGCGUCGGCAGUGCGCACGCCGCACACGUAACUGGAGUGAGGAUCCUGAGCUCGAGGCUGCUGGCGUCAGUCUCCAUCGACCAGCGACUGACACACUGGCAGCUGAGCGACCAGGGACUGCAUUUCCUGCACAGCACAUGCUGCCAGGUGGCAGAUAUCGCUGAGCUGGAGAGCUGGGAGGGAGCCAGCCCGGUGACUCAUCUCUUCGCUGUGUGCGGACAUGGGCUGCAGAUCCUGAAGAGUCAGCAGCUGGAGCAAAACCACCUGGUGAUACAAAAGCCAAAUACUGUGGACGUUGGAAAUUAGAAAUAAAAACAGAAACUUGUGGAUACACUCAGCAGAUCCAGCACCAUCUGCGGAGGGAGAAUCAGAGUCAACGUUUUAGGUCGGUGACCUCUCAUCUGAACUGGAAGACGUUAGAGAUGUAAGAGUUUGUAAGCAACUUAAGUGGCUGUUGAUAACUCAGUUGUCAAACACAAUGCAUGUGCCAGUUCAUCAAUCCUUGCAUAAAAUUUCACAUGUACGAACAGCCCAACUAGUCCAAGCUGACAUUUAUGCUCCACACCAGCCUCUGCCCACAUUACUUCAUCUAACCCUGUCACCAUAUCCUUCUAGCCUUUUCUCCCUCAACCUGCCACAUUACCCACAACUUUAGGGAUGAAGAGGUUUCACCCGAAUUCCCUAUUGGAUUAUUAGUGACUAUUUUAUAUUUAUGGCCCUAGUUUUAGUCUCCCCCUCACCCCCAAGUGGAAACUUCUUCUCUUCAUCUACCUGACCAAACCCUUUCAUGAAGUUGAAGACUUCUAUCAGAUCACCCCCUUCAGUUUUCUAGAGAAAAGAUCUUCAGGCACAUUCAAUCUCUUCCUGGACACAUAAGCUCUCAGUUCUGAUAUCGCCCGUUAAAUCUCAUGUUUGCACUUUCUUCAUCAUGGACCACAUGAAACUGAAUCGUGGAGCGGGCGAGCCUGAUUUUCAACAGCCAACAGUCAUGUACAAUGUCUAUUCAUUUUGAAACAGGCAUCCUGUUGCGGACUCUGGGGUGAAUGCGCUGCCUGGCAAAUCAGCAAGGUCUGCGGUCCUUUGGCCUGUACUCAAUCAGCAAACUCACGCAGAGCAACAACGGCACUGAUCCAGCCAGUCUGGAUGUUCUGAGGGCUCAUCACAAUCCCAGUUCCCUCUCACUGUCCAGCAGAAAAUGCACCUGUGUGGAUCCAAUUUGGGCAGGCUUGUGAUGCCUUCUAAAUCCAAAUAGCCAGAUGCGCAUGAAGAAUGGCCACUUGUUGCAAAGCACCUCUGGGUGUUUGGUGCCCAUCGGACUCACACACCAACAGGAGUCAUUACAUUCAGGAAAGGAAUGAUUAGCAAGCAGCUGGACUGUGUGCGCUCUUGCUUACGGCACAGGGUUGAUUAAAGUGUGUCACACAUGGGAUAGCGCAAAGGCUGUGAGUAGUUUAAUUUCAGGGUGUUCCUGAUGACAUUAAACCUCUCGACCUUCGCUGCUGACAUUAGCUGAAGCACCGGAAUAAAUUCUAGCCUCACCGCAAUCUAUCCAGGGAUUUUAUUUAUCGUAAGUGAGAAUGACUGACCCAAUCCAUAGUGAAACUCGAGACACUUGUUCAAGGAGUCUCACUCGUCACAAUUUCUUCCUUUCCCACCAUCACUACCAGGAGGAGAAGGUCGAUCAGAAGCAGCUACUGAUCUGGCAAGGAUAAUAAACUUAAUCAGCGUUGCAUUUUGUCUGGAAACUACUGACCUAACUGGGCCCCAGAGACCAAUCUCAACCUUCAGGGCCCACUUUCAACCAACAGAGUUAUGGUUCAGGGCAACAAUAUCAAAUCCGAACGCAGGCUUUUGGUGAGGCUGAGGCCUUCCGUUUAAAAACACAAACAAUUCAAAGUUUUUGUUUUAGAAAGGGUUUAUUUUACUUAAGAACUCAAGUUGGGACGUUUGAAAUUUCAGUCACUGAGGAAAAUGGCAGUUUUGUUGCAAAGUCGUUUGUGUGAUUGGUUGAGAGUGUGACUGUUGGGUGUUUACAUGGGGAAAUGCCAUUAUAAAAUGUUUACAUGGGCAGUUUCAAUGUUAAACGUUGACACAAAAGCAUGACCAAUAAACAAGACAUAAGGAUCUUGGCUGGCAGACAGGAAAUAACUCAGUCAUUAGUUAGUGAUAUUAUCUAAUCAUUAGUAGUGAUUAAUGGCAACUGUCGGAAAUUGAAUAAGAGGUUUCAUAUUAAAUUACCAAAGCUUU